ACUAAUAAGUAGAGAAAAAUACUGUUUGUAAACCGAGAUAUACACACGGGCAUUUAUAGAGAGAGAAAGAUGCCGGCGUCAGCGACGAUGAUCGGAGCUCUACUGGGUUUGGGCACCCAGAUGUAUUCCAAUGCCCUUCGCAAACUCCCCUAUAUGCGCCAUCCAUGGGAGCAUGUUUUAGGGAUGGGGUUAGGAGCCGUGUUUGCUAACCAGCUGGUGAAAUGGGACGCCACGCUCCAAGAAGAUCUCGAUAAAAUGCUUGAAAAAGCUAAAGCCGCUAAUGAGCGCCGUUACUUUGAUGAAGAUGACGAAUAGCCGCAAACUGAAGACGUCGAGUAGCAAUUCAAUGUCUAGAGAAUGCAGUUUCCAUUCAAAUUUUCAUGUUCAUGUUAUACUUUUUGUAAGACUGUUUCAAGCCUUGUGAUCUUGAUGCAUAUGUGACUGAACAAAAAUAAGUCGAUGUAUCUUCGACUACUGGACUUUUUAUAUUAUGAAAUUCACCAAAAGAUGCACAGCUUCUAAUGCA